CAAGUCUUUGUCGCGUGCGUAUCUAUUGAAAUUUAUUUAUUGAAAAUGAGUUUUAAGAUUCAGCCAAAAGGCUUUGCUACAAAAUCAAUUCACGCCGGUCAGGAUCCGGAGCAGUGGAAAAGUGCAUGUGUCAUACCUCCCAUAUCAUUGAGCACUACUUUCAAACAGGAUGCACCAGGAGAGCACCGUGGUUAUGAGUACUCAAGAAGUGGCAAUCCCACUCGAAAUGUGCUAGAGAAUUGCUUAGCAGCGCUGGAUAAUGCAAAAUAUGGCUUAACUUUUUCAUCUGGACUCGGCGCAACUACUGCUGUCCUUACAAUGCUCAACAGUGGAGAUCACAUUAUAAUGGGAGAUGAUGUGUAUGGUGGGACAAAUCGACUGAUAAGGCAAGUUGCAUCACGUUUGGGAAUAUCCGCAACUUUUGUUGAUGCCUCUAAUUUGGAGAAUCUUAAAUCUGCUUUUAAAUUGGAGACAAAGCUAGUUUGGAUAGAAUCGCCGACAAACCCACUAAUCAAAGUUGCGGACAUCGAAGCCAUUGCAAAAAUAUGCCAUGAAAAAGGAAACAUAAUUGUUGCGGUCGACAACACAUUCCUGACCUCCUAUUUUCAAAGGCCGCUUGAGUUAGGAGCUGAUUUAGUUUGCUACUCAUUAACAAAAUACAUGAAUGGACAUACUGAUGUUGUUAUGGGUGGCAUAACAAUGAACUGUGAAAAUCUUUAUACAAGAUUAAAAUUUUUACAAAAUGCGGUUGGUAUAGUUCCAUCUCCAUUUGAUUGCUAUCAGGUUAACCGUAGUCUGAAAACACUUUCAUUACGUAUGAGACAACACCAAAAAAAUGGAAUUUCAAUAGCGAAAUUUCUUGAAUCACAUGCUUUCGUUGAAAAAGUACUACAUCCAGCGCUGGAAUCGCAUCCACAUCACUCUAUAGCUCUAAAACAGACAUAUGGCUAUAGCGGGGUGUUUUCAUUUUACAUAAAAGGCUCUUUAAAGCAUGCUACAGCAUUCUUAAAGGCUCUUAAAUUAUUUACAUUAGCAGAAAGUCUUGGCGGAUAUGAGAGUUUAGCUGAGUUACCGUCAAUAAUGACUCAUGCCUCUGUUCCUAUUGAAGACCGAAAGUUGUUGGGUAUUACUGAUGCUCUUAUUCGUUUGUCAGUCGGCCUUGAAGACUCUGACGAUUUGAUAGAUGAUCUGCGACGCGCUUUGGAUAUUGCAGCCCAAGCUUAAAAAGUACAGCUGACAAGGACAAUAAUGUAAAAUACAAAUAAUAAAAAUGUUUUUAUAUAUUAUCAGUAA